UAUCUUUGUUAACGAUAAUGUUAAAAUGAAAUGAGCUUCUCUUAUCAGAUCAAUCUGGCAUACCUAACAAAAUGCAAAGGGCAUACGCAUUUGUUCGCUUACCUCAACUAUCAAAUAAAAGCUUGAAAAAUAGCUAUGCAUAUCUAUCAAAAGCACACAUUGGAUCCCCGUUGGCGUCACAGCCAAGAUGUCUUUCAAGUCAUGGCACACCAGCUCACUGGAAAACAAAGAAGGAAAUCAGUAUAGAGCAUAAAAGCCAUAUGGAUUUUAUGCCUGUGCCGCAAGGUAGUUGGCAGGAGUCCUAUAACAAAAAGCAGCAGAGCAGAAAUAUCUUAUUGGCAGUCAGCGCCUUGGCAUUUGGUGUCACUUAUUUUAUUGCUUAUAAAGUAGGAGGUAUUUAUUUACAUGGUAUGAAUUACAAAACAUUCAGUGCUCAGAAAACAUCAGAAAUAACAGAUGCAAUAGUUUCAGCAUUCUCUUUUAGUAGUCUAAAGGCAGCCAGCCCAGAAGAAGGCACGGGAAAGGCUACACCACCUGAGCAAGGAGAUGGAACCGGUGCAGAUGCAACUACAGUAAAGCCAGGAGAGACUGAUUGGAGUUUACUUCCAGAGGUUCCUGAAGAAACUCAGUAUUUAAUUGUAGGGGCUGGAACGGCAGCUUUUGGAGCAUUCCGGGCUAUAAAAUCCAGAGAUCCCAAAGCUAAGAUUCUAGUAGUGGGUGAAGAAGCAUCAGUUCCAUACAUGAGACCACCACUAUCAAAAGAACUGUGGUUUAAUGAAGACAGAUUAGAGGUAGAACAACUCAAUUUCAGACAGUGGAAUGGUAAAAAGAGAAGUGUUUUCUAUGAGCCAAAGGAGUUUUAUGCUGAACCCAAGAUGUUAAGCAGUCAAGAAAAUGGUGGAAUAGCUUUAUUAAUGGGCAAAAAGGUUGUUAAAUUAGAUGCAAGGAAGAAAAUUGCUUGGUUAUCCACUGGAGAAAAAAUUAAAUAUGACAAAUGUCUCAUUGCUACAGGUGGUAAACCCAGAAAUCUUCCUGUCUUAGAACAAGCUGAGCCAGAAGUGCGAAGCAGAACUGUAUUAUAUAGAAAUAUUGAAGAUUUUAAAAGACUAGACAGUAUAACACAAUCUGCUCAGUCAAUAGCUAUUGUUGGAGGUGGAUUUUUAGGCAGUGAACUUGCUUGUGCACUUGGCAAGAGGGGUCAGAAAGCUGGUUUGAAAGUGUAUCAGAUAUUUCCAGAGAAAGGUAACAUGGGCAAAGUUCUACCAGAAUACCUCAGCAAAUGGACAACUAGGAAAGUGGAAAAGGAGGGUGUUAUUGUCAUGACAAAUCAAUCUGUCACUAAUGCCACAUUCAAAGAUGGUAAAGUUCAACUCAGUACCAGUGAAGGAUUAACAGUUGAUGUUGACUGUGUAGUUGCAGCUAUCGGUUUAGAACCUAACGUUGAAUUGGCCAGGGCCUCGAAUUUGGAGUUAGAUCCUGUCAAUGGUGGCUUCUUGGUGAAUGCAGAGCUUGAAGCAAGACGGGAUAUUUGGGUGGCUGGUGAUGCUGCUUGCUUUUAUGAUAUCAAGUUAGGUCGUCGAAGGGUUGAACACCAUGAUCAUGCUGUUGUGAGUGGAAGAUUAGCUGGUGAAAACAUGACUGGUGCUGCUAAGCCUUACUGGCAUCAAAGCAUGUUCUGGUCUGACUUGGGUCCAGAUGUUGGCUAUGAAGCUAUUGGUAUUGUUGACUCUUCCCUACCAACUGUUGCUGUGUUCACAAAGGCCACAGAAAAAGAUACUCCUAAAGCUGUUGUAGAGGAAAGUGGAGAGAACCUUCGGUCUGAGAGUGAAAUGAAUUAUGUUCAGUCCGCUCAAGACAAUGUUCCAGUGGCUCCUAUGGACACAGAAGACUAUGGGAAAGGUGUGGUUUUCUACCUCAAUAAUAAGAAAACAGUUGUAGGCAUUCUUCUUUGGAACACGUUCAACAAAAUGUCUAUUGCUAGACAGGUUUUACGUGAUGGUGCUAGAAAUGAAGAUCUCUAUGAAGUUGCCAAAUUGUUUGAUAUUUAUGACACUUUAGCCGAUACAGCUCAGGAAGAAACAUCCUCUCCAGCUACCACCCCUACUCAAGCUGCUGCCUCAGCUGCUAGUUAAAAUGGAUAUAUUCUGUUAACACUUGUAAUGCUUUGAAAACUCAAUAUAAUAAAAGCUGACCAAAAGUGUUUAAAACUGUUUAUAAACAACAUUGUACCUGAAAGUAUUCACAGUAACAGUAACUAAUUUGAUGAACAAAAGUCUUUGAUGCAUAAUUGGUUCCAUAAAGAAAUAUUAUUCAGUAAUAACGUAUCAUUAUGGAUAUUUUAAAGUAAGUUAUAAUUAUUCCUUUUGCAAUAAAAUUAGAUUAAUGAAAAAUAUUUGUGCAUAGGACUGCACUUGUAUUGUGGAAUGAUUUUUUUUUUUUUUUGGCAUUCCUCUUGAAUGUAUUUGUUGCAUUAUGUGAUAUUAUGAUAAUAAAACCAUUCUAUGUUAAUACA